UGUACUGUACAGUAUUAUUUUUUAAAUACGAUUUUAAUCGGAAAUACACUAAAUCGUUCAUUCUACCCACAUUGACUCUAAUUUUGGAUAUUCAAUGUUAAUUUUGACAAUACGUGGCUUAAAAUGUGUUGUACGUGUGUAACCCAUCUUGGUUGUAACCAUGCUCGAAAUCAUUAUCCAUCAGUUGUUGAUUAAGCGAUGCACGUUGUGCUAGUAUCAGAUGUCUGCGAUGUCAUCCGGACCGUCCACGUCAACUGCUGGUGGGGCCGUGGUUCCGCGGGAUGAGGGACCCGUGAAGAGAAUCACCUACCCCGUGACCAGCAAGGCCCAAGACAUCUUGAACACACUGAAUGGACACCGCAAGGACGGCACAUUCUGUGACAUACAGCUUAAAGUUUCUGAAUCUAAGACGGUCUUUGCCCACAAAGCCAUUCUUGCACAGAGCAGCCCUUUCUUUGAAGGCAUGUUUUUAGGAGCGUUUAUCGAGGCAACCAGUGAUGUCGUAGACGUGUCUCACCUUGCAGACAGUACUGAUGUCAUAGAAAACGUCAUCAAUAGUUUCUAUGGGCAGUCAUUUGAAGUUAAUGACACGAAUGUUUAUGAAAUAAUCAACAUUGCCAACAUGUUGUUUCUUGAUGAUAUGAAGUUUCAAUGCACGAGGGUUUUGGAAGGAGUUAUUUCCAUACACAACAUUACAGCUAUGCUGACGAUGGCCAUCAAUUUUGACAUGAGAGCACUUACAGCGAAGCUUCGUCCAAUCAUAGAAUCAAGAUUUCACGAUCACAUAAUGUUUCAGGAAGACAUUACCGAGCUUAACAACCUUGGUUUUGAGCAGUUGUUACCAAUCAUAAAAUCUGAAUACAUUUCAAGAAAAGCUGACUACAUUAAAUUCAUUCUAAAGUGGUUUAUGAAAUCGGAAAGUGAUGACCGAGCUAAACUUUUAAUUAAAGCUGUACGGAUGAUAAAAUUCAGGAUGAACAGAAGAUCUUUCGUGGACUGCAAUGAAACCAUUGAAGAAGUCUUAAACGAAAUAGACAGUGUAAAUUUUGAUGUAAACGAUCAAUUGAAGUCUGAAGUACGCCAAACAUUCUCUGGGUUGAUUCCAUCAGAGUACAUGAAAAAUGGAACACCGCCCCCUGCGCAAUCAUCUGAUAUGCAAGAUGAAGACCUUGACGACUCGGAGCUAGAAGAUGAGCCGGUGAAAGUUAGGAACGAGUUUGACUACGUAUGGCCUGUCUAUGGACCAAGAACGCGUAAGGAAGGUUACUCUCUUGAAGAACAGGAGAUGUACAAUCAACAUCACGAAGAGAUGGUCGAAAGAGAGCAACACCGGAUAUGGGCCGCAAAGUAUCCCAUGGAACUCACUAGAAGAGAUCCUGACCCAGAAAGACCUAAGAAAAUCAAACGCCAGCCUCAUCCGAAGCCCCAUAAGACACGGAAUUUCCGAGUAAAACCGGAAAUAGAAAUUAAGGAAGAGGCACGGUUGAUACGUUCAUUGGUUGUGUUAGCUCCGACGUCCGUUGGUGGGGUAAUAUCUAACGACACGGUUGACAUCACAGCUUUCAUUCCAAGGAAGAGGGGAUGGUAUAAAAUAGGAACUCUGAACUUGAAUAGUCUAACUAGGGCGUUUCCGAACCCCAAUAGAACCACUGGGAGCCGUCCUCGACCAGGGGCUAGCGGUCGCCGCCGGGACAAGGAAGAUCGAGAUCGUUAUCCUUUUGAUGACGGCGACGAAUUACCCGAUAGCGACGAUGAUGAGGAGGAGUUUAUACGAAUGUCGAUGAUGAUGGGGAGGCACGAUAUUCCAGAAAUGAUGAUGAUGAUGCGACACGCACCAAGCUCACGGCGACAUCGUUUACUUGAGGAGGCGGCAAGGGGCAGAAUGCCGUCGUUCAUGAUGCGGAAAAUGAUGGGAAUGGGGAUGGAUGAAGACUUACCACAUAUGCACCUGCGCGAGAUGAUGAGAAUGGCUCCACAUAUGCUUGAUCCUCGUCGCCAGAACGGUAGGGAUAACUCAGUACCAAGUCUGAGAGAUGACAACAAGUGGAAGAUGCUCUACUUUCGACAUAAGCUGUAUUUUACCCACGACCAGGUCUGUGCGUCGGUUUUCUGUUACGAUAUCGAUAACAGGAACUGGUCUCGAUCGAAUAUGUCACUGGACGUCGCUAACCCUGAAUCCACUCAUCGAUUAAAAGAAGAAAUUGCAGAUGGGAUAGAGCUUGCAUUAAUGGGUCGCACGGUGUAUGCAGCUGUAAGGAUAGUCAUUAUGGACAACGAGCGCGAGUACCGACAUGGGCGUUAUGACGAGGAGGAGGAAGACCCGACGCGAUCAUGCAAUGUCUUGCACAAGCUGUACAAAAUGUCCGGAGAAGGGAGUGGCGCAUCGUGGACGUAUGUAAUGUCAACAAGUUCGCACUACACGUCUAUUCCAAAGGACAAGAUUAAAAAGAAGGACGACAAAGACAAACUGGACCGCGACCGACGCCGGGAGUACGAGAUGAUGGCAAUGAUGGCAAGAAUACCGCAACCAUUACGACCGGGUUGUUUUAAGACAACUCUUUACGUUGAAAAUGACGAAACAUUGUACAUACUGACAUCGCAUAAGAGCGAGAAAAAUGAUGAAAAGGUUGCACGAUUUAGAAUGAACACCUGUGACGUUGUUUACUUGGACCUGAAAGAGUGUUUUGACGGACACGCUCAAAGUUACAAUAACUACGUAGGCAAGUUGACACCGGUAGAAUCAGACGGGCUCGUGUACAUGCUAAAUGACUGGCUGGAACACAAUAUCCGCAUAGAUCUCGAUAUACCGAUUGACCAGUACGGGGACAGGAUGAAGGACAACGGGAGAGGCUGCCAGGGCGAGGUCAGCGAUUUCGAUGAGGCGCUCAAAAGGUACCCUCGCGUUCCCUGCCUCGCAGUUGGAGACGGGAAGUCGAUGUGGGUGCUAGACGGUCAAGAUAACAACACGAGCAGUCUGCUGGAAGUCACCGUGAACGCGUUCCGUCUCGUGGGGCAGCACGAGAAGGAAUUCACGCAGCACACGCCACCCCCGUACCGCGCCUUCACGAUUGCCUGCGGCGCCGGCAUAGACAAGGCUAUUGUGCGGACCCUUACGCCAUCGUUAAAAUAUCAGCAUGGAGAGUGAGUGUCGGUUAAAUAAACGACGUCAUGCAAAUACAUCUUGACGAAUUAAGAAAACUGUAUGUCAUGAUUUUGUAAUGUAAUGGUGUGUUGAAUUAGUCUCCAGCUUAAAAAACACACUAUGGAACCUGUGCAAACUAUUUUUAUGCCCCCGAAGGCGGGCAUAUUAAAAUCGCACCGUCCGUCCGUGUGUCCGGCUCAAUAACUCGUGUCCGGGCUGCAACUUUCCCUUGUAUGGACAGAUUUUAAAAUAAAUUGCCACAUGUGUUCGGCAUACCAAGACGACGCGUCGCGUGCAAGAACCGUGUCCCUACCUCUUAGGUCAAGGUCACACUUAGGUGUUUAUUCACAAUGGAAUGCUGCAUAUAAGGACAUAGAGUAUAGGUUGUCGUGUCUGGGCUGUAACUUUCCCUUGUAUGGACAGAUUUUUAAAUAACUUGCCACAUGUAUUCGGCAUACCAAGACGACGUGUCGCGUGCAAGACCCGUGUCCCUACCUCUUAGGUCAAGGUCACACUUUGUGUUUAUUCACAAUGGAACGCUGCAUAUAAGGACAUAGAGUAUAGGUUGUCGUGUCCGGGCUGUAACUUUCCCUUGUAUGGCCAGAUUUUAAAAUAACUUGCCACAUGUGUUCGGCAUACCAAGAACCGUGUCCCUACCUCUUAGGUCAAGGUCACACUUAGGUGUUUAUUCACAAUGGAGUGCUGCAUAUAAGGACAUAGAGUAUAGGUUGUCGUGUCCGGGCUGUAACUUUCCCUUGUAUGGACAGAUUUUAAAAUAACUUGCCACAUGUGUUCGGCAUACCAAGACGACGUGUCGCGUGCAAAACCCGUGUCCCUACCUAUUAGGUCAAGGUCACACUUUGUGUUUAUUCACAAUGGAAUGCUGCAUAUAAGGACAUAGAGUAUAGGUUGUCGUGUCCGGGCUGUUACUUUCUCUUGUAUGGACAGAUUUUAAAAUAACUUGCCACAUGUGUUCGACAUACCAAGACGACGUGUCGCGUGCAAGACCCGUGUCCCUACCUCUAAGGUCAAGGUCACACUUAGGUGUUUAUUCACAAUGGAGUGCUGCAUAUAAGGACAUAGAGUAUAGGUUGUCGUGUCCGGGCUGUAACUUUCCCUUGUAUGGACAGAUUUUAAAAUAACUUGCCACAUGUGUUCGGCAUACCAAGACGACGUGUCGCGUGCAAAACCCGUGUCCCUACCUAUUAGGUCAAGGUCACACUUUGUGUUUAUUCACAAUGGAAUGCUGCAUAUAAGGACAUAGAGUAUAGGUUGUCGUGUCCGGGCUGUUACUUUCUCUUGUAUGGACAGAUUUUAAAAUAACUUGCCACAUGUGUUCGACAUACCAAGACGACGUGUCGCGUGCAAGACCCGUGUCCCUACCUCUAAGGUCAAGGUCACACUUAGGUGUUUAUUCACAAUGGAAUGCUGCAUAUAAUGACAUAGAGUAUAGAUUAUCGUGUCCGGGCUGUAACUUUCCCUUGUAUGGACCGAUUUUAAAAUAACUUGCCACAUGUGUUCGGCAUACCAAGACGACGUGUCGGGUGCAAGAACCGUGUCCCUACCUCUUAGGUCAAGGUCACACUUAGUGUUUAUUCACAAUGGAAUGCUGCAUAUAAGGACAUAAGAAUGUAGGUUGUCAAGUAUGGGUGGUAUUUUUUUAUGUUCAGAGGCAAUUUGAAAUAACUUGCCAUAUGUAUUUGUUUGAUCUUUAACUUUUCAUGUACUGACCUUGUUCAUAGGUCAAUGUCACAUUCGGGGGCAUUCGUCACAUACUGUGACAGCUAUUGUUUCCAACUUAUUAACUCAUACCCAAUUAUGUUGCCAUGAUAAUAUUUAACCAGUGAUUGAAUGUGGUGAUAUUUUGAAGCGAAACACGAUUAAGGUGAGAGGUAUAAAUAUUAGCUUUAAGCCUUAAUUAUCAUGUAUGUAAUUUAUGUAUUUGCUUAAUUUACUUGUGUACAAUAAAUAUUGUUUAAACCAAAAACGAUGUCAAAGGUUGGUUACAUCUUAAAACGUUAUCCUUUAAUACAAUACAGAGAUUGAAGAAUGAUUCUGAUAGUUGUAUUGUUUGGGAACGUUACUGACCUAUUAUAAAACACAUCCUUACCAUUUGCAUUUUAUCUGUUGAUUUCCUGGAUGAAUUAUACUAUACACUCUUGCGCACAGUGGUCAUAAAUUGGCUCAUGGAGAGCAAUAUUUGAUAUGCACAUAUAUAUAUAGAGAGAGAUCCGAUUUUUCUACCUUCUGUACCCUGUGCGUAGGAGUGUAUACUGUGUAAAUUACAAAUAAAG